AUGCCCUCAUGGGGAAGACCACCGGGGGCACGAACGGGGAGACACAAUCGGGGACGCGCGUGGGACGAGGCACGAGUGGAGGAAGUGGACAGCGAGGAGGAUGCAUAUGGACGGGAAAUGGUGCGGAGUGGGCGGUACAUGCGACAGCUAGAGUAUGGGGGACGAGGGCCGCGCAGGCGACCGGAUUAUGAUGAUCUGACGGAUGAUGAAUUGGUGGAUGGGGGUGACUUCGACCUUGAUGACCACGAACAUAGCACGGUGGCCUAUGCAGUUCAAUUGGCUAUGCGAGACAAGGAGGAUCAACUAGUGGACAAGGCGCUGGAGCGAAUUCGCCGGGCCCAAAUGCUAGGACAGAAGAAUGUCCGGCUAUCAAAACGCGAGCUGGAUGCUCUGGAGCGGAAGCGUCAACAGAUGGAUGGCCCAAGCGGAUCGCGGCGUUCCAAGCAGUCUACGCAUCCCACCAGCGUCGCAUCACGACCUUCGUCCCGACGAAGCGCUGCGCCAGAGCCACAUUCGGGUCCGUAUUCGGCCUUUCCGCCUGAUACCAACGGAUGGGCUCGUGGCACAGGUGCUUCGCGACCUUCCAGUUCCUCUUCUGCGCGUCCGCGAACCCCGACUACUCAAUCCCUCCGUCCGCAACAAUCCGGCUCGCCUCUUCGACCUCCCUACCCUCCUUACACCCCCGAACGUUUUGCUCCCACUGGUCGGCCGCAGUCCCUACAAUCAUCGCCGAUCUACCAGCGGCCUCUGCCAGAUGAUCCGCAAUGGGCGCCAUCAUACUACAACCAAAUGCAGAUGACCCCAUACGGAGAAGCACCUUACCAGCCACAACUCCCCAGCGAACUUCGAGUUGGACCACAGAGCCGCAUGAGCUACCCUUCGGGCUCGGUCCCGGGCUCUCCCUACCAAGCCUAUCAAUCCCCUCAGAAGACACGUGCGGACACCACACUCCGGGGUGACCAGGCCGAGUCUGGGUCCGAGGUGUCCAGUGAAGAGGAAUCGGAGAGCAGUGACGACGAGGUGCAAAUCAUCAAGGUCCAAGAGCGCCAAGUCCCGCCCACUGUGAAGCGAACGGCUGUUUCUGGAGCCAGUCGAGUUGCCUCCAAAAGGAAUAAUCGGUGA